UAUUGCGCGGCUUCAGAUGGAGUAUUGUCAAUCCUAUGCAUACUAUUCACGGUUUAUUAUUUAAAUCCACUUAUUUAAGUUCAGGAUGGCUGACACAUGUUGCUGGUAGUGGAAUGUUUUCUCCAACACUAACCAGAAAACGGAAGUUCCCACUGCUGAUAUAUUUGAGAGAGGGGGAAGGCUAAAAUGUAACACACGCUGUAUCGCUAGCUAAAGUGUUUGCUAUCAGCUCCACGCCGAUUAAUGGCGAACGCCGUUUGUAACUUUUAUACAACUUCUUUUGAUUUGCACCUGUGGGGCUAAAGCAUUUAGCUGAACUAGCUGGAGGUCGGAUAGAUGACGUGCACAUGAUGAGCUUGCUAGUUAGCUUAACGUUUACUACUAGCUAGACUACUAGCUACAUACGACGACAACAACAACAACUGACAAUGGAUAGAGAUUUAUUGAGGCAAUCGUUGGCCUAUCACGGACAGUCCCUGUACGCCCAUCUGUCAUGUGAACAGAGUGAAAAUCCAGACUUCAAAGACGUUGCCCCAGACUUAUCUAAAGUCAGCUAUGAAAGGAAAGAUGGAGGAGUGGGCAGUCACAUGGUGGAGCAGUUCAUUGCUAGGAAAGCGGACAUUCUGUUUGCACCUUCAUGGAGGUCUGCUGCACCGGUGGAGGUGGAGCUGGAUGAGGAGGCAGAAGAGCCCUACGCCAUCAUGCCCCCCCUGGAACUCUUCAUGGAGGUGUCCUACGAGGACAGAAGGAACAUGUUCUACAGGGACGUAGAGAGAGGGGACGCCGUCAUCGGAAGGAUCAACAACAUCCGAGACUUUGGUUUCUUCCUCACGCUCAUCUGCAUGGGCGGAGGGCUGGAGAGAGACAUCGAAGACCUGGAGCUCUCGGCACUGUGCCCUACAAGAGAUGUACCUUCGAACGGAAACCAUGACGACCCACUGUCUUACUACCAGAUUGGAGAUCUGAUCAGAGCUGGCGUGAAAGACAUAGACCGCUACCACGAGAAGGUCACCAUUUCUCUCCAGCCCUCCUCCCUCUCUUGCAGUCUGUCCAGACUGAAGCUGGGGGUCAUCAGUAGGGACGACCUCCCUCUGCACUACACGCGCAGUCUGCGCGUGGCCAACGACAGCACAGAGACCUACGAGAGGGUGAUGAGGAGCUCUCUGGGGUACUCCAACCCGUCCAUCGUCCAGUUCCUCCUGGGGAAAGUUGGGGUCAGUGAUACCCGUCCUCCGUCAGUAAUGAGGGGUUUACAGAGCAAACAUUUCCUGGAGGAGGACUUUGCCAUUUCUCUCAGAAAGAAACAAUCUUCCUCGUGGGCACUGAAAUGUGUGAGGUCCGGUGUGGACCAUUUCAAGCACAACCGCCACGUAGAAGCUAUGAAUGAGUACAACAAAGCCCUGGAGAUCGACACCAACAACACAGAGGCUCUUGUUGCCCGGGGAGCUCUGUAUGCCAACAAGGGCAGCCUUGUGAAGGCAAUCAGCGACUUUGAGCUGGCGUUGGAGAGCUGUCCCACUCACAGGAACGCGAAAAAGUACCUGUGUCAGACUCUGGUGGAGCGCGGAGGGCAGCUGGAGGAGCAGGAGAAGCUGGUGACCGCCGAGGGUCUUUACCGGAGAGCCCUGGCGCUGGACAGCACCUUCCCUGACGCCCAGGAGGCCAUGACGAAGAUCCAGCUGCUCAUCCAGAAAUCGAUGAAACUGCGAGAAGAGGCGGCCGCUAAGGAGCUGGAGGACGCUAAGAACACCACGGAGAGCAGCGCUCAGAAAUUGCGUAAGAUCUUGAAAGAAGAGAAAAGGAUGAAAAAGAAACGCAAGCGGUCGAGUUCGUCCUCGACGUCCUCCAGCAGCUCUGCCCGCUCCUCGUCCUCUUCCUCCGGACACAGGAAGUCCAAGAAACGGAAGAGGAAGCGCAGGCGCUCGUCCCGCGGGAGCAAACGCCAGCGCAGGCUCUCCUCCCGCGACGAGGAGGAGGAGGACGAGGAGGAGUGGUACCCGGCCCCAGCCAACACCUCUGCCUCCUUCCUCGGCCGGGGGGCCGGGGGCGGGGCCGGGGGGGAGUACACGGGGGCGGACGUGACAGAGUGGGACAGGGAGUCCUACAGCCAGAAGCAGGCCCCACGCUCCCUGUCCCCCUCCCCUCACCGCUCAGACUCCCCGGGCUCCUCCCCCCAGGCGGCAGACCGACAGAGGGAUGGAUCAGAGGUGGAGGGGCGGCCCAGCGGGAGCGGCCGGCCAGGAGGAGGAGGCGGGGGGAGCAGCAGGCGGGAGAGGAGCAAGGAGAGAAACGGGGGCGAGAGGGAGGCCUCCAGGGGCCUGGGCAGCCCCAGACACAGGAAGCUGUCCUCGACUUCCUCAGUGGGGUCCGAAUACUCCCGCAAGUCUGAGCUCCCGUCCCAGAGCCAGACUUCGUCCAGACGAUCUGAGGGCUCUAACCAGGACAGUUUCGCUUCCAGGAGAUCGGAUGGCGGGAAGGAGAGUGAUCUCUCCAGGAGAUCGGAUAGCGGCAGGCACGAGGUUGGAGCCAGGUCCAGCAAGAAGGAGGAUAUCAAGGCAGCUCGGAAGUCGGAGGGAGAUAACCAGUUUCCCUCCAAUACUUCUCGUAACGGCCGGGGCUCCUCGGAUGGAGGUGAUAAGAAAGCCCUUCCUGCUAAUCUCCUCGACAUCUUCAGCCAGAUAGCCCAGUUUGAGAAGGAGAAAGGUGGCAAGCAAAACAAAUAAAUUGAGCUUUUAUGUAAUCCAUGUACUAAUCUCUUACAUGUGGGCAGGAAGUUACCAAAUAGUAAAAAAGAAAGUUUACGCUGGGGUAAAACACAUUAACAUUUGAACUGUUGAAGGUUAAGCCAGUGUUCAGCCUUCAGAUCAUAUUGUUCUGGUUUCUAUGUGAAAUUACUACUCAUGUUUACGUUUAGUUGCUUAGUGACAUCAGUGAUAAAUUAACUUUUUACCACUGUGUCUGUGCCACAUUUUAUUUCCUGACCUUAGAUUGAUGGUAAUGUUUGAAGUGUCUCAUUUCUGUCCAGCUUUGACAAUAAACAGAAUGAAUGAACUAA